AUGGCCUUCCUAGAAGAUGACGACGCAAUGCGUGCUUUCGAGGCGGCGCUUUCAUUCGUGGAGCAAUACUCUAUUGACACAUCAGUAUUCACAGCAUCCCCAUCCCCCGCUCCUGUGGAAGACAGUGUAUUUUUCUCAUCCACCACGAAUUUACCGCUCAACAUAGCGUCUCCACACGACACUUAUGAUACGACAAUAGCAUCCCCAUCAUCUCCAGGAUUUCAAUUGUCAAAAGAGUCGUCUGGAAGGAGCCAACGCGGUUUGUCCACUUUAAAAACGGUUUUGACAAAGAAGAUAGUCGGGCGAAGCAGAAAGAAGACGACAGUUGGUGUCAAGAAGCCCGUGACCAGAGGUGAUCCAAACCGAGCGAGAAAUGAGCGCAAAAUUGAAUUGGCCUAUCUUCGUGAAAAAGCCACUCAGCUGGAACUUGAGCUGCAAGCUCUUAAGCUUCAUACGAGAUUUCAGACGAGAAGUAUCUGUCAGCAGAGUAAUCAAAAGCAGACGAACGUCAAGAAAAAAGACGCCAUUAUGUCCGUUUACGAUUCUGUACAAACACCAACAGUGUGGAAAGAAGUGGCGUGUCGUCAGCGCCGGAGGAGAGAGAAAGCAGAGCGCGACAAUGUUCGAUUGAAACUUAUUCUGGAGAAUCAGAUUCGAAUGGCCAGAGGUCUCGAAAAUUUACUACAGAAGCGAGCCAAGCAACAAAUAAUCGGAUGUUCGAGUUUAUCAGAGACAAAAAAGGCAAAGUACUCACAAGGUCGACAACUGGACUUCCGAGCCGAUGUAAAUGAAUUCAAGGACUUAUUGGCUCAUCUUGAUCGAGCAUAUCGCGAAGUAGACGUAGUGUUUGCUGCCAAUGGUUUAGCUACAAUGGAAACGACACAUCGAGAUGCGAGGAUGCGUGAAGGGGCCGAUUGCAUGUAUCUGGAUAUUUUUGCCAACAAAGUCAUGCCGUUUGGAAUGCGGGCUACGGCACAAGCAGUGUGGAGUCAUUAUAAAGGAGCAGAGAAACAUCGUGGCAAUAUGUACGAAGGAAAAGCGGCAAAGCAUUUGGAGACACCUGAUACACCUGAAACUAUCAUCGAGGAUUUUGCAAAAGAAUUUUUUGCCGAUAGUGCUCGAGCGGAUUUCCAUGCUAAGCAAGUGCUACGACGAUAUGUCGAAGACGAUCGUGAAAUUGUUAUCUGGGUCGCAAGUGUUGUUCCGUUGGAGUUUGAUGACCAACGCGUGAAAGGCCUUGGCUUUCGUCACCAAGGAUAUGCUCUCACCAAGCGAGCAAAGGCAUCAACGUCCGAUCGAGAAUUUUCUCUCCUGCAGCUUUGCUCUCUGGUGCGACCGGAAAAGGAAAAUCACUCAGUUUACGACCCUGUAGCCGUGCGUGCGCUGACAGAUUUUAUGCUCGGAACCGUGGCAGGAAAUAUUACAGCGAGUCAGGAGCUUAUUGAGAACGUUUUAAUGGAUCAAAAUGUCAAAUUGUAG